GCCUUUCAUUGUGGAUGGCUGACCGCAUCUUUUGCUUUUCUUUCAGACCGAAGCAGAAAACAUGAAGGCGGCUCUGAUUACUUUGUGCCUGCUGAGUGCGGUCUACACGGUGCCGCUCUUCCAGAAUGGCGACAUGCACAGCCCCGAGAGCUACACGGAAGUCAACAGUACAUCUGAAGAAAUGGUGAACCCUGUAGAGAACAAGACCUCCACUGAAGCGCCAGUCCCCGACUCGAGCUCUGAAGAGAACACCUCAGAGGACACGUCGUCUCAAGAGAGCAGCUCCUCAGAGGACAAGACAUCCGAAGAAAACGACACCUCAGAGGACAAGACCUCUGAAGAGAACACGUCUGAAGAUAAGACCUCUGAAGAAAACAGCUCAUCAAAAGAUACGACUUCCGAGGAGAAGAGCUCAUCUGAGGAGACGACCUCAGAAGAAGACAACACCUCAGAGAACAAGACAUCUGAAGAACCGAACAACACCUCUGAGGACAAAACCUCCGAAGAGAAGAGCAGCGUCUCCAAAGACACCACAUCUGAAGAAGACAAUACGUCGGAAAACAGGAGCGACUCGGACGAGAAUGGAAACACCAGAGAUGACAGCAGAGACAACGAGAACGCCAACCGCCGGAGAGUCCAGAUAUUCAAAGUCAGCCAUGAAAGCGUAGAGGACAGCAGCAUCAGCACUGAUGAAGAAGACGGCCAGGGUCUGGACAGCAGCAAUGGAGACACCCAAGAAGAAGCCACCGGGGGGGACAACGUCAGUGACAAUGGCGAGAGCAGUGAACCUGACGAGGACGACAGCCACGAGGGCCAGCCAAAGGCGAAAGGGUGCACCAGUGACGAGGACAACAGCUGCCCCGAUGACAGUGACGAGUACGUCUUUGAGGGCAUCGGGGACGACAGCCACCAGUCCAACGAGAACAGCCUGAUGAACGACGUGGACCCCGAGCCCCCUCGGCAGUGGUAGCCAGGAGACGUCACUCGACGCUCGGAGCCUUUCAGUUUGACAUAUCGGUGAAACACAAGUUAGGGGGGAUUUGUCCGGCAAUGGAGUCUGGGGGACUUGAAUGAUCACUCAUAGUAACUCUGUGACAUGAGCCAGCUGAGCUUGGAAUGGACGGGAGACACCAGCAGGGGGCUCCAGGCGGACCUCCACUCGCCGAGUGUCCCCCACAUACUGCGCCUCAUCCUCUCCUCAGACAUCCAAAAGGACACUGUCACCCCGUACCUCCUGUGGGGGUCUUGGGGGUCCUGGCAGGUUUAUGACACCACCACGUGACAGGGAGAUUUGGACAUUUGGAACCACUUGAGUAGCCGCAGACUUCAUUGGACGUGGCCAGUCCCCUCCUAGCCCACUUUGUUACUGCUAUUUUUAUACUGUCCUAAUUUAGUAAUAUAUUUAUUUGAUUAUUAUUUGUUCUGUUUUAUUCCAAAUGCUAAAUGAUAUUUAUUUAAAUUACGACAACAGUAGUCUAGAGUGACAGAGCUCGUUUUAUUGAUUAACAGUUGUAUUUUUUGAAAUAGUAAACUGAGAUUUUGUUGA